CAAGAGGAGAAUAUAGUAAUAUUUUACAAGUAUGAGUAGUGAUUAUAAUGCAGAUGAGUAUUUGCCUACGAUAGAUGCAAUUCUAAGUGUAGCCGACUUGGAGAAGAUUACAGUUAAGAAGAUUAGGAAUGCACUUCAAGAACUUUUUAAUGUAAAUUUGACUCCUCAUAAGCAACAAAUCAAUAGUAUUAUUCUAGACCGAUACUAUCUGCUCAUAGAUAAAAGGAAGAAAGAUGAACGAACUUCUGAAGAACGUAAGGCAGAAAUUGAGGCACAAGAUGCCAUAAUGGCUGCAAGAUUACUGAAAUCGUCAACAUAUUCAGCAGUUACACGAUCAGGAGGAAGGGUUCAAAAAAAGACAAAGAAAAGUGAAAAGACAGACAAACGGACUAUACCGAAUAAGAAUAACCCUUUUAAUAGGGAAAUGGCCCUUUCUCAUGAACUUUAUAAUGUUCUUGGAAUAGAGAAAACUUCAAGACCACAGGUGGUGAAGUUACUCUGGGCAUAUAUAAAAGAUCAUGAAUUACAAAAUCCAAAGGAUAAGAGACAAAUUAUAUGUGAUGAUAAAUUACAAAAAUUAUUUAAAAAGAAAUCGGUUGGAGCAUUUGAAAUGAAUAAAAUUCUAUCUAAUCAUAUAUUCAAAAUUGAAGAAGAAAACAUAAAAGAGGAAGAAAUAAAGAAAUUGCUGUAUGCUGGUAAGACGGUCAAACCGGAACCGAAACCGAAACUGGAAACGGCACUGGAUCUGACACCGGAACUGGAACUUGACCUGGUUGCAGACGUGGAAUCGUCUGAAGUGAAUUCUUCUAGUGAUGAAAGUGAAGCUUAA